CUUCUUUGGCGACUACCAACAUCUUUGUUUUGAAAACAUUGGGCUUUUCUGUUAAGGAUGAAUCAACCUGAGCGUUAUGAGCUAAUUGAGCUCAUGGGAUUGCCCAAAGUCACUUAUGAGUUGGACAAUAAAUCCCCUAAUGCUGCCGUUAUAACUAUUGAGAAAGAAGAUCAUACCUUGGCAAACAUGUUGGCACAACAAUUAUUGACAGACGAGCGGGUACUUUUUGCUGGAUACAAAGUUCCCCAUCCUUUGAACCAUAAUUUUAUUUUGAGAGUGCAAACCACUGAAGAUUGCACGCCUAAGCAGGCAAUUGUUGACGCAGCCAAGGCACUUAUCACCCAUCUCGAAGAAAUUAAAGUGAACUUUAUGAGGGAAUGGGAACUCAAGAUGAUAUCUGUAGAAGGAGUAGAAAUGGAAUUUUCGUGAAGUAGUAAAAAUGUUGUUUUUGUUUAUGAGCUCGUUACCCUAUAUAAAGUCCCUGGAGGAUGUGUUGCCAAAUCUGCGUAACGAAGGAUGGUCUGAAUAUUGUUGCAAUCAAGGAAAAGUUGGUUGAAUCCCGGAAAAGAAAACCAAACGUACCAGAAGCCUCAUGGCGAAUGACCAUGCGCUCAUUCAUGUUUCUUCCUCUUUGAAGCUGUUUACCAUAUCCUUUACAUCGAUUCAACGAUGAUUUUUUAAUGCCAUUUAUUCCUUUCUGUAAUUUUGUUUCUAUCGUUUCAGGCUUGCUUGGCAACUCGAGUGUUUAAUUUUGCUGAUCUUGUGUUUGAGAAUGAGAAUUUUUUUGAUUGCUUGGUUUGGUUAAUAUAUAGAUACAUGAAAGAUAGAAUUUUUAGUGGAACAAUUAAAAAUUUUAUGCUUGUUGCGGGAGCUAUGCUUUUUACCAAAGACGAUUCUGAAAACUCGAGAUUUUGAAAUGUCAAUAAAAAAUAAAAAAAGUGACAUAAAUUGAUGGUAUCUUUUUCAUAAGUUGACUAUGAAACUUUCAAUAAAAAACAAUUGUAUAAGCAAAGUACAAGCACC